UUCUUCUUCUUCUGCCCGUUUCCAGGCGCAGCGGAGACCGCUCCGGGACGAGGUUCACCCGGGUUUUACUCAGAAAUGUGCUUUUAACGCGACGCCUUCGCCCGGACGCUCGCUAACGUCACAAAUCUGAUGUUCCGGGACUUUGGUGUGAAAGACGCAGCGCUUGCCGUUUCCCCUCAGAUCGUCCCGUUGGUGGAUUAAACAUCCAUCAGUCAGAAACCAUCAAACAUGAGACGGGAGCUCGCGUUUGUAACUUUUCUCGCCGUUUUUACCGGUUUCACCGAGGCGGCCUCGUCUCCGCCUGCAGACGCGGAGCAGCGGGAGCUCGCCUCCCUCAGGUCGAUGCUGGACGACUUCGACGUGCUGCCUCUGUCCAGCCUGCAGACUCACUCCGUCCGCCGCCGAGACGUCCAAGCCCAAACUCACGUGGAGAAAAUGCUCAGCUUUGACGCCCUGCAGAGGCAGUUCAGACUGUACCUGAGGACCAACGACGAGCUGUUCACGGAGGACUUCAGGGCCGUGGUCGUGGGCGAGGACGGCCGAGAGCAGAGCUACCCGGUCAACAGACACAACUACUUCACGGGACACGUCAUCGGGGAGGAAAACUCUCGAGUUCAGGCUCAUAUCGACGACCACGAGUUCUCGGCUCGCAUCCUGACUGAUGAGGCAGAGUACAACAUCGAGCCUCUCUGGAGGUUCACGUCGGCGCCCCCUGACGGUCGUCUGCUGAUCUACCGCUCGGAGGACAUCAGGAACCUCAGCCGACUGCACCAGCCUUCAGUCUGCGGCUACAUGACCUCCGACCCCAGCCACCUCCUCCCUGACAGCGUUAAAACGGCCGUGUUGGAGGACCAGGAGGAAGAGGAGUCUGUGCUCAGAGGGAAACGUCAGGUCCACGACCACAGGAAGAACACCUGUCCUCUGCUGCUGGUGGCCGACUAUCGCUUCUUCAAACACAUGGGCCGGGAGGAGGAGAGCACCACCCUCAACUACCUGAUCGAGCUGAUUGAUCGCGUGGACGACAUCUACAGAAACACGUCAUGGGACAAUGAGUUCGUAGGUUACGGUGUUCAGAUCCAGCAGAUCAUCAUAGAGAAGAAUCCGAGCCCUGUAGCUCUAGGAAAAAGUCACUUCAACAUGAGAGGAAGUCCAGUGGACGGCAGGGACGUCUGGGACGUCAAGAAACUGCUGGAGCAGUUCAGUGUGGACAUGGCAGAGAAAGCCUCCAACGUCUGUCUGGCUCACCUCUUCACCUAUCAGGACUUCGAUGAAGGCACCCUGGGUCUGGCCUACGUCGCCCCGUCCAAACCCGACAUACCCGGAGGUCUUUGCUCCAAAGCGUGUCCUUCAUCUACAGACGAACAAAGAGUGAUUUACCUCAACACGGGUUUGACCAGCACUAAGAACUAUGGGAAGACCAUCCUGACUAAGGAAGCAGACCUGGUGACGACUCACGAGCUCGGCCAUAACUUCGGAGCAGAGCACGACCCCGACAACAUCCCGUACUGCGCCCCCCGAGAGGACCAGGGAGGGAAAUACGUCAUGUACCCCAUCGCUGUGAGCGGAGACCACGUCAACAACAAGCUGUUCUCUAACUGCAGUAAACGCUCCAUAGUGAAGCGCCUGAGGUCGAAGGCGCCGUCCUGCUUUAAGGAGAGAAACAUUAAUGUGUGCGGAAACUCUCGGGUGGAGCAGGGGGAGGAGUGUGAUCCUGGGCUGCUGCACAUCAACUCAGACCACUGCUGCACCGCCGACUGCAGGCUGAGACCUGGAGCUCAGUGCAGUGACAGGAACAGUGCGUGCUGCAAAAACUGCAGGUUCGAGUCCGAAGGUGAAGUCUGUCAGGAGCCCAUCGACGCCACCUGUAAAGGACGCUCCUACUGCACAGGAAACAGCAGCGAGUGUCCUCCUCCGGAAAACGCUCCAGAUAAGACGGUGUGUUUGGACAGCGGAGAGUGUCUGGACGGAGAGUGUAUUCCUUUCUGUCAGGCCGUCUUAAAGCUGGAGCCCUGCGCCUGCAACGAAACCAACUCGUCCUGUAGAGUCUGCUGUCGGAGCAGCAGUGGUGUCUGCGCCCCCUACCAGGACAAAACGGGCAACUUCCUGUUCCUGCGUAAAGGCAAACCCUGCACUGUGGGAUUCUGUGACGGAGCGGGGAAGUGUAUGAAGCAGGUGCAGGAUGUGGUGGAGCGUCUGUGGGAUUUCAUCGAUAAACUGGACAUCAACACGUUCGGGAAGUUUCUGGCUGAUAACAUCGUGGGUUCGGUGGUGGCUUUCUCUCUGGUCUUCUGGGUUCCUUUCAGCAUCCUGGUCCACUGUGUGGACAAGAAGCUGGACAGACAAUAUGAACAGACCACCAAGUCUCUGUUCUUCCCCAGUAAUGCUGAGCUCCUGAGCAGCCUGGAGUCCGCGUCUGUUCGGAUCUUCAAACCUCCAAACUUCCCCACCACCGCCGGCCCCCUCCGUUUCCUAUCAUCGGGCCCCCAACAGACCAGCACCCCUCCGGUCUCCAGCUUUGCCCCCGGCCCUGACCACGCCCCUGGUCCCUGUCAUGUCCCCUCUCCUCUGGACAGCCCCCGCAUGGCCACCAUCCAGGAGGACCCCAGCUUCGACUCCCACCUGGACGAGGAGGCUCUGGAGGAGGCGUUCGGGCGGCCGGGGGGAUCGGCUCAGCGCUCCUUCGAGGACCUGACGGAGAAAAGCGUGACGCGUCGCAGCGAGAAGGCGAUGCUGUUCAGAAUGCAGAGACAACAUCAGAUCAACACCAAGGAGACACAGUGCUGAGAGGCAAGUGGACUUACCGUCAGACAUCAGGUGGUUUGUCCCGUUCAGGUCCUCGUGCUCUGGUUUCACCGUUUUACAGCUUUUUAAACUGGCUCUGUACUGAAGACUGCUGCACUGUUGCUUUGUUUUUGCAGUAAAACUCAAGUCUGAUCGCAGGUUUGAAACAAGAAAGCGGCUUUUUAAGUUGCCUUCCAUGUCCUCACAUUUUUAUAAACAAGAACAGGUUCAAAUUAUGGAUUAUUAUCAUUCAUUAUGGAUAAAAAAAAAACACUUUUUUGUUGUCUUUAAUAGUGAAGAAAAAAAAAAGCCUUCAAAACGUGUCCUGUGAGGUCAGACCUUGGUUUCAAAUCGCCGCUCGGUCCUUUCUCAGCUGGGAAGUUCAGUUCAGGGGCCGUCCUCAUCACGUCUCGAAAAAUACAAGUACAGUUGUCUUCUGGAAGCUUUUGACACACGGGCCGGGUAUCAAACCUUCUUUGGUACCGAUUAAAAAUGGCUCAGAGUCUCAGAUUAUCAAAGACGUGGUCUAAUCAGAUGCUUUCAUCAGGUAAUGAAAUAGAGACUUGGUGCUCUUACUGAAAUCUGACAACUGUUGGAUGGAUUGUUAUGAAAUGUUAUUCAGACGUCCAUGUUCCCUCAGGAUGAACUGUAAUAAGUUUGCUGAUCCUCUGACUUUUCAUCUAGUGCCACCAUCAGGUCGACAAUUUAGUUUGUCCAAUACUUUUGUUUUAUGACCAGAUACCUGCAAAACCCAGAUGCUGUGUUGGUUGUCUUCCACCAUGACACCAGUACAAAGGAUAAAACCAGCAACUGUCGCCUCCCACACUUGUUUUAGUUCCGAACGCCUCGUGUUCGUUUUAGUUCCGAACGCCUCAAGCUCGUUUUAGUUCCCAAACGCCUCAAGCUCGUUUUAGUUCCCAAACGCCUCAAGCUCAUUUUAGUUCCCAAACGCCUCAUGUUCGUUUUAGUUCCCAAACGCCUCAAGCUCAUUUUAGUUCCCAAACGCCUUUAGCUCAUUUUAGUUCCCAAACGCCUCAAGCUCAUUUUAGUUCACAACGCCCCAUGUUCGUUUUAGUUCUGAAUGCCUCAAGCUCAUUUUAGUUCCCGAACGCCUCAUGUUCGUUUAGUUCCCAAAUGCCUCAAGCUCAUUUUAGUUCCCGAACGCCUCAAGCUCAUUUUAGUUCGGAACGCCUCAAGCUCAUUUUAGUUCAGAAUGCCCCAUGUUCGUUUUAGUUCCCAAAUGCCUCAAGCUCAUUUUAGUUCCUGAACGCCUCGUUUUCGUUUUUGUUAUGGCAUUUGUCAAGCAACA